AUGCUCUCUGCCUUUCGUUUUGCACAGGUAACAACAGCAAGAUUGGCAAGAAACAUUUACACAACACGCAACGCAAUGGGUUCCCUGAAAGUCGCCGUGAUCGGACAGUCGCAGUUUGGCUUGGAAGUUUACAAAAGCCUUCGCGCAAAAGGUCACGAAAUCGUCGGCGUUUUCACCGUCCCUGACAUAAAAGGCAAGCCUGAUAUUUUAGCAGCGGGAGCAGAGGCAGACGGAGUCAAAGUCUUCAAAUUUAAACGAUGGCGUUCCCAAGGAGAACCUAUCGAGGAAGUGGUCGACGAAUACAAAGCGUGCGGAGCCGAACUUAACGUUCUACCAUUUUGCUCGCAGUUCAUACCAAUGAAUGUGAUCGACUUUCCCAAACAUGGGUCUAUUAUUUACCAUCCUUCUCUGCUUCCAAGACACAGAGGUGCCUCUGCGAUAAAUUGGUGAGUUUUUCUUACGUUCAUGGUCACGCAAAGUACAAGGAAAACCACAAGUUUUUAAUUCUGUGGGAUGCCAAUUUCAUUACCCUAAGCUUAAGUUAUUUAUAAUCAAAACGUGUUGAUUUGUUGUUAAGAAGUUCAAUAGCUCUUUUCUUUAACACAGCUGAAUGCUCUAGGGAAUUAUAAAGGUCAAAAAGUAAAAACAACUCUAUUGAAUAGCGUGUUGAUUUCGAUCAUUGAUAGUUGGACUGAACACGUUGUCGUUUUAACAGACCGUUGAAUAAGAUAAACAGAUAAUUUUGAGGCUUGCAAGAGAUAAUUUCAAACCAGUCAAACAGGGAUAAUGUACCCAAUAAAAAGGGGCUUUUGAAAUGAAGCUGGACCGGCCGGCAUGUCGGCUGCGAAGACCUUGAAAUUUCCCAUAUCACUUUCCCUUUUCGUUUUACCAUAGAGAGAUGUUAACUUCUCCGACUGUAUACAUAUUUGUUUAGCUUGAUUUUUCUUUACAGAAUGUUUUUCAGUUAUUAAAAUCUAUUUUUCUUCGUUUGUCUCAUUGAGCUGCUUAUUUUUAAAAUGGUUGAAAUGACCUAUAGAAUGUGACCUUUUACAUGGCAGCCGCCAUUUUGUUUUGGUGCCGUUGUUGAUGUUUAUAUUUAGUUUUACUAGACAAAAGAGUUGAGAUAAAUGUACAGUAUUUUGGUCUGUCGGUAUUAAUUUAUACAUUAUAUAAAAUGUGGAUCAUCAAGGGAAAGACAUUCCAAAACUCAACACUGGUAACUAUAUUUACAAUAACUAUUCUUGUAAUUUUUUCGGGACAACAGUUUUUUCGUUGUUUUUAGGUCUUGAUAAUGCAAAACAAAUUAUGGGAUGCGACGUAAACGAGAAAAUAAUCUAACUAGAAAGCCAAUUUUAAGGUGAUUGAUGUACUUAAGACUGAGAUUUUACAGUUGGAAUGUCUGCAAAAUUUUAAGCGGGGGGGGGGGGGUGUUUACUCCGGAUUUCAAGUGAGAGGGAUGAUCGAAUGGGGGCAAAAAUCAGAACCCCCAAAAAAUCCCUAGGGCCUGCAACAAAACCAAAAAAAUCCCAUGCCGAAUUUCCGAGCCAUAAAAAUUUCCAGAAAGCAUUAAAUGAUGUAAUAAUAAAAAUAGAAACAUAAGUUUCAAAUAUCCAAAAAAGAUCCCUGCUUGAAUCAAGCUACCCCAAAAAAUAAGUUUGCCAAAAUUUUCCCCCCCAAAAAAAUCCUGAAAUCAGAGAUUUCAAACCCCCCAAAAAUCUUUGAUCAUCCCUGUCACUUGAAUUGCGGAGUACUACCCCCCCUGGGGCAGACACCCCUUUAAUACGGACACCUUCUAUGGCCCCCUCAGUGUCCGUUUGAACAGGGUUUGACUGUACCAUGAGCAAAAAUCCAGCUAGUGAAUAGUGCAGGACUUGAAUUCAGGGCCUCCAAAUUGCAAGUCUAAUUCUUUAACUACUUGGGGAUGCUGCCUCAUGUAAACCAUGAAUAUAAUGUGGAUUUUUUUUUUUUUCAGGACAUUAAUGGAGGGCGACAAGCAGGGCGGUUUCAGUGUGUUCUGGGCUGAUGACGGCUUAGACACAGGUCCUAUCCUGCUUCAAAAAAGUGUAGAUGUUGACGCUAAUGACACUGUGGAUACUCUAUAUAAUCGCUUUUUGUACCCUGAAGGGAUCAAAGGCAUGGUAUGUGACUGUUAAUUUACUAUCAGAAUUAUUUUACGAUCUAGUUUUGGUAGUAACAUAGGCCAUGCUGUGUCAGGAUCAACAGUAAGAUCUAUACAUCUUAGUAGUCAUAAUCCUUUGUUUAACCCUUUAAGUCCCAAUAGUGGCCAACAUCAAUUUUCUCCUAACAAUAUCCAUACAUUAUUAUGAGAUGAGGUUAUGAGAAUUAAUAAAAUGAUCACAAAGAGAAAAAUCUCUGAUCUGUUAUCAGUUUCUCCCAACUAAUUCUGUAAGGAAAUGUACAGAGAUCAGUUGGGAGAAUUUGUUUGUGGAUAUCGGGACUUAAAGGGUUAAUAACCAAGUGUGUUUGUUGUGGAAUGCCAGGACCACAUACUACUGCUGUGGCCAAGAUUUCAUGUUGCUGGGCAGUGUGUGAAGAAAGUCAUUUUUACAGUUUGCCAUUCGGGCAAGCUGAAGCUAACAUUUACUUGUCCAAACAUCAUUUCAACUAGCCCCAAAAACUUUUUGAUGAGCAGAUUGACUUCACAGUUCUUCUGUGAUUUGAAUUCCUCAAAAACUUCACUUGCCCAUCAGCGAGCAAGUUAGUAACCAAAUUCACUAGCCCAAUAGCAAACUCCACUAGCCCCGAGCUAACGAACAGUACUUUCUUUACACACUGCUGGGUAUAUGCAGUUAGUUGCUGGUGAGUUGAACAGAUAAGAAUUUUGGGUCAUUAUACACUGUACGUUUCUGGGAAACUGCCACCUACCCCUCCCCUAAGCCAACAUUUUGCCGUAAGUGAAAAGUAAGUGUUAAUGUUGGCUUAGGGGAGGGGUAGGUGGGCAGUUUCCCAGGUUCUAUUUUUCUUUUGUUUCCCACAAAGUAGUUGGGGGUUAUGCUCAUAACAGUGGGGGAAAUCCCUUUCCAUGACCCUUAGGUGACUGCCCUGAUACAAACUAUAGGUAUUUUUUCUAGUUCCUGAGGACUGCUGAAAAAUAUUGAUGUUUAGUGAUGUUGUCUUCUUAACUCAGGUUGAAGCUGUUGACCUGAUUAGUGAUGGAAAAGCUCCCAAAAUACCCCAGCCUGAGGAAGGAGCGACAUAUGAUAAAAUCUGGAAAAAGAAAGAAGUGGCAAAGGUUGGUACUUUGAUUUGAACUUUAACUGAGAUCUGUCCUGACCAUUUCUUUUAACACCCUCUAUCUCUUAGAUCACCUUAAGUGGCCAUCAUUAAAGUUUUCGGUAAAUGCUGCAAUCUCGAACAAAAGAAAGUGGAACAGCAAACCCUCAUCCCCCCGCCGAAUCAAGGAUGAAGCCGCACAAAGGGUAAAAACGCGCCAUUUUCCCAUACUUUAUUUGGGUGGGUGGGAGGGGGGGGGGGGUCUAGGUUUUCCAUUUAUUUUGUCCAAGCUUGUGGUUACGUGGGGUGUUCUGCAGGGCCUAUAGAGCCUUUUCCUUGUUCUGUUAGGGGCCCUAGAAUGAAAAACAUAGCCAUUGCAGUAAUUUUUUUCUUCUCCUACAGAUAAAUUUUGCUCAACCAGCUGAGUCACUGCACAACUUUAUUCGAGGAAAUGAUAAGGUGAGAGCAGUAAACAAGUUUAAAAAAAAUUGGACAUAUUUGCUACAUUUUUUCAUUGAUACAUGUAGUUACCUUGAUAAGGUAUGAGUGGUGCUAAGAAUUACCUGUAAAUUAUUUAAUUAAGGGCAAACUAACUGUUUGUCUUUUGUACAUCUUACAGCUGCCAGGAGCUUGGGGCAUGAUUGAUGGUCAGGUAAGUCAGGAUUAAUAAUUCAACAGUGACCACCAUCAAUUUUCUUCUAACAAUAUAGAGAAAUGGCGAUGAGAAUUCAUUAAGAUGAUCACAAGUUAGGGAAAGUGCUUUGAUCUUGUAUCAAAUUCUCUCCACUAAUUCUGUUGUGGUUACAAUCAUGGAGAUUAGUUUUAUUAAUUUUGUUCUGGAUUUUGGGGCUUAAGGGUUCAACUCUUUGGAUUAGUUAAACUUGUUUUUCAGCACCUCUGUGUACCAUUAAAAGAUUCUGAUAGAUGGUGAUCUUCAAACUUAUUUUCCUGGAACCUUGCUAUAGACACCCCUCUUUGAAAAAAUUAAAACAUGCAUAGUUUGUAUUAGCAAAGUACAAGUUACUUAAUCCUGUGAUACCAAAAUAUGAACAUAAGUGAGGUUUCAGACUCUAGGAUAAAAUGUUUUUUAGAAGGCACAAGCUUUUGAUUUUUUCAUGUAAUCUUUAUCAAGUGUAGGAGUUUGAUGUUUUUUAUACUGUGAAUCAGGUGACAAAACAUCUUUGUGCAUCAGAAAGAGCUUCUGACCAGCAUCUUGAUUCAAUGUCUGGAGGCGUUUAAUAGAUUUUAAUAGCCCUGACUCUGCACUAUGUGAUUUUUAUUUACAUGUGCAAUAAACUUAUCAGAAUUAAAAAGAUUUAUUUUAAUGCUAUGUAUGAAAGUAAUUUUGUUCUUUCUGCUUGUAACAGCAAGUAACUUUCUAUGGUUCCUCACUGACACCCGGUGACUCACCGCCUGAAGGUACCCCUGUGACAAUUGAAGGCUUAGACACCUCUGCUAUAGUUCACAAGGGUGGCAUGACACUGACAGGAACCGAUGGAAAAAUGGUAGGUUAUUGUCUGCUCCAAUUUUUGUGGUCACUCUAUAUCUGCAGUGUGCAAAGAAAGUCAUGUCCGAUAGCCCGGGGCUAGUGGAUUUCACAAUCGGGCUAGGGAAUCCUGUUCUUAACUUGAAGGGCAAUGAAGUUUUUUGGGGAAAUUCAAAUUACCGAGGAAGUGUAAUCAGUGCUGCUCACCAAAAAUUUUUUUGGGCUACUUAAAAGGCUCUUGGGCUAGUACAUACAAGCAACAACUUGCCCGAAUGGCAAGCCGUAAAACCGACUUUCUAAUUUGCACCCUGAUCAAUGCAUUGUAGCUGGUUGCAUCUACAUUUGAUACAAUAAUUGAAGGACUCUGUACAUGAACGUCACCAUAAUCUAAUAAUUUUUUGAAAUGGGCUGUAGUCAGUUACAAAAAUACAUGUAUUCAGUUUGGUUUGUUUUGGGCUCCAUGCAAAGUUGUCUUAAAAGGAAAUGAGUGGGUGACUGCAUGGAGCCUUUCAAGAAUAUCAUUUUCUUGAGUUCUGGAAACUUUUGAUUCCAAAAUUCUUGAACCUUUCUUAAAUGUAGAAAAAAAUUUCCUCCACAUUGCAGUCCAAAUGGGCCUGCUGAUAGAUAGUGUACAAAAUUAUGGAAUCGCUAAAAGUUUGAACUUACCUGAAAAAAAAGUAGAGCUGUGUUGUUUUCUGUUGACUCGCCAAGUUUAUAGCCAAAAGGGCAUGUUGUGUCGUUCUUUGCAUGAAUGUGACAAAAACAGCGAGGUAAGAGGUCGUCUUCCUGUAUAAUUAUUUUGCAAACAUUUCCUUUUAAAUUCUCCGAUUUUUGAGAUGUGUUCUAAACGGCUUCUUUAAACAAUCCAUCGAGCACAAAACUCCUGCUACAGGGCCGUAUUGAAAGUCUUUUCUUGCCUUAAAAAAUGGCUGUUCUCAAAAAAAAGAAUGGCAACUACUAACUUUGGAGUGUUCCUCUUAUCAAGUUGACUGCAUAUUAUAAUAAAAUUGGCUGAGAAUGGCAACUACUAACUUUGGAGUGUUCCUCUUAUCAAGUUGACUGCAUAUUAUAAUAAAAUUCUGAGAAGCACAUUGAAAAACUUUCAUUUAUAAAAUUCGUUUUUGCCAGUUGACUGUGAAGACUUUACAGCUUGAGGAUGGACGUAUGAUCCAAGCUGCCAAGUAUGGCCAAGACGAAGAGGCUGCGGAGGCUAUUGAACUUACUGAAGAGGAGAAGGUUAUGGAGGCAAAACUCAGGGUAAUGUGAAAGUUUUAUUUUGUGUAAGGGGUUGAUCGAGUAUAUAAUUAUAAUGUUAUUGAUCAACAAGAAAUGUUUCAAAGUAUUUAAAAUAAUUAUUAAAAGUAAAUGCCUUGUAAAUCUGCUCUGCAUUAAUUUUGCCCUGCAAUAAUAAGGUGCACUCUCAGAAGUGAAUAACUCUAUUAUAUGAGGCCAAGGCAAGGACAGUAUGUAAUUAUGUUCUACUUCUUAUGACCUGGUAAUGUACAGUUGUAUGGUCAAGCCUUUAAUCUACAUUAUAUUUCAGCCAUGUCAUCCUUCUUUAGGAGUAUGACACAACUAAAGGAUUCUUUAUUAGGUUCUAAUAAUGCACUCAUGUCUCAUAGUUUACGAGAAAAUAAUGUGUAACAGUCAGGAAGGUUAGAAAUCGUUAGGUCUUCAAGGGUGUGCACAUGUUUGGCCCCCUUUGACAAUAAAUUCCUCUUUUGACCCCAGACAUUUCCCAUCAAUCAGUUUUGUUUAUAAUCAGUGAUUGGCACAUUGCUAACUUUUGUACAUCUUGGAUUUUUCAGCAUAAAUUUAGUGUUCCUUAACCUCUUUCCUAGCAAAAGGUUCAGGUUAUCAUCAACCAAUUUGUUUUCUUAUGGCAGGAAAUUUGGGCUGGAAUUUUAGCAAACCCUGAUGUGCUUGAAGAUACUGACUUCUUUAAAGCUGGUGCUGGGUCCAUGGAUGUUACCAGGUACAUGUGCUGCCCACUGUACUGUUCUCUCUUUAAUAUACACUGGUUUCAGUUUGCGCUGGCCUGGGGUUUCUCUGGGCCAAGGCUUCUUCAUGCUUCUUCUCGUAUGCUGAUGUCCGAGCUUACUGUUAAGGUGUUAAAUAUAAUGUGAAGAGGGUAUGUCUCUGUUGUCCUCUAAUGCACGACAGUACAUUACAUUCAUCCCACACAGCUGUGACAGGAAAUGGAAAAAAGGAAAACACUUGCACGUUACUAUACAACCAAUUUCUUCUUCUACUAUCUUCACCUACCUCUUUUCCCUGCACAUUAAUUAAGCCUUUAAUUAGUCCAAGAUAAUGCCCUAAAUCACAGUUCAUGAAAACUUUAAGAUGUGAGAAAGCACUGUUACUUAGGUGUUAUUUGAAUUGUUACACUUUAGGAUGCAUUCUAUUAUCUUAGGACUGAUAAUGUCAGGGACUUUAUCCCAGUCAGUGAAAACCUUGCCUUUUGUGUUUGGAAUGAAAUUGGUUUUUAGAAAUUGUUUCUAAUGAAACUACAUCUUAUGAAUGUCCCUUUUUGUUAUAAAUGGAAUUAGUGUCAUACUUUCUGAUAACAGUGUGAUGUUUAUUUGUAGGCUUGUUGAAGAAGUCAAGGAUGCAUGCUCAGUCACUCUGGAGGCUGACGACAUUUACAUGAAUACAAGGUACUGUUUUCAUUGGCGUUUUCUACACAAAUUGUUAUUUUUCUUUUUCUUCCUAGAUACUGGGAUCAGCGUACCCCAAAAUGCAUGCCCUGGUGAAAAUGCUCCUGUCUUUGUAAUUUUUUGUCAUGAAAACAUGACAUUGAAAAAUCUCAGUUCAAUGUUUUGUUUUUGAUUCCAGGUAUGGAGACUUUGUUCGCUUGGCUGUCUUGCAUUCUCGUGGUGGGGGCCAUCAAGAGUUUACUUGUAACGCUGUAAGUACAUUAAAAACCAAAGUUUAAAACUAUGCAAGUACUGACUCUCAAGUGAAGUUUGCAUGUGGACAAUGUUACUCACUGCCCAGCUGAGACUCCCAUAUCAAACAAUAAAUUAAAAGGAAUGGCUGUGAAAGACUUUGUUUAAAAAAAAUAAAAACAUUCCACAAAUGUUCGUAUAUACAGCAUCUUGUUUGAUGAGUGUGCCUUAAAUUUGUUUUUGUUACUCAACUAGCAGGGUGCCAGUUCUAAACUGAGGGAUAUUUGGGUUUGCAGGAUUGUUGUGUUGGACAAUUUUUCAGUAAAUUAUUUGCCGUAACUUAUCACAAUUCAAAAUUAUUUUGAAACAUUGUUGUGGUAUUUUUGCCAAUAUUACUCACUGUUUGGCAUUCCCUGCUCCAUGAAAAUGCAUUCUUGUGUUUCUAUAUGCUUGAAGAUUACGGUGCCAUUUCUUUUUUGUAAUUUGUUUUGUGUUUUUUACAGCUUACAUGUUCUGUGAUGUAACAAAAAUCUUUAUUUUACUUUCAGUUUGACAUGGAAGUGAAUAACAUGACAGUUCACAUGCCGCAUCAGCUGUUCAUUAAUGGUGAAUUUGUGGAUUCCUCUACUGGCCGCACAUUUGAUGCCAUUAACCCAAAUGAUGGCUCAGUAAGUACUUGCAUAAAUUCAUUUUGAUAAACAGUGUCUAAUAAUUAUUGGAGUAUUGUUUUGUUUUUUUGAUUUUCUGUAGACUUACUUAAAUAUUUGUGCCAACGUUGCCAGUUAAAGAUUUGAGUGAAAUGAAGACCUUUACCACCUUUUAGUUAAUGUCGCCUUCUCUCUUUGUUUGACAAGCAAAUGCAAGGCAAUUCAUUUUAGAUGGAUUUUUUUUUCUAGGUUAUUACAAAAGUUUCCUUUGCCUCUACUGAGGAUGUAGACAAAGCUGUUGCUGCCGCCAAGGUUGGAUAUUCUAAUUACAUUGUAAUUUUUAGAUAUUAACUAUUAUUUUUUGAAUUUUUGUGCAAUGUGGUCAUAUUUGGUACAUGUCACUGAUUACGUGAGAUCCUAGCAAAUACCUACAGACUAUCAUUUUUUCACAUCAGCAGACAGUAAUACAGUGAUUUUACCUCUUUAAGUUUGACACCAAAUGGAACAAAGUUAAUGGUCUGCAUUACAGAGCUGUCCACAUAAUAGAGAUAGGGUUUGUAAUGUUUGAGGUGUAUUAUCUGUGGGACCAAAAGAGCUCUCCAUUAAACAAAGGUGUCUUUGCAUUAUAGAGUCUAUGUGAAGAGUUUGACUUUGUUGUGUUUGUUGUAUCUUUGUAGGAAGCCUUCUAUAAUGGACCUUGGGGAACAAUGAAUGCUAGAGAUCGUGGUCACCUUAUGUACAAGUGAGCUAUACUCUUAUAGUGGAAUAGUAGUAUUUAACCCACAGGGCUGGAGCUGUAGCUUACUGUCUGAGCUCUUGUCUGGAACGGACUCUUCUGCUUGUGCUCUUCAUUCUCGCAUUUGUGUAUUUAUUUCCUGAAAACAUGAUCCGCCUAGAUUGUGUGCAUAUAUGUUUAUUUCAUAAAUACAUGCUUAUUGAUCUUAUUGUUACUGUUUUUGACUGUCUUUAUCCACGUUUCUUACAAAGACUGGCUGAACUGAUGGAAGAACACAAGGAGGAACUGGCAACAAUAGAAUCACUGGAUUCCGGUGCAGUUUAUACAUUGGCCCUUAAGACUCACAUUGGCAUGUCUAUUGACACAAUGAGAUACUUUGCAGGAUGGGCUGACAAGAUUCAGGUAAAAUUAAAAGAAAACAGUCUGUGUACUUUUUUAUUAAAUCAACAGCGCUUUAAAUCAAGAGAAUACACAUACACUGUAUGUCCAGUGGCAUCUGAAUCUAUGAAAUUCAGGGUCCUAGGUAAAUUUUUUUUAAAUUUGUUUGAUCACCCAAGACUUUUGAUUUGUGAUCAUCCCAAAUGUGUCAAAAAAUUAAGUCCAGCUAAUUUUAGCCUGCUAGCCUUCAUGCUAAAAAAAAACCGGUAACUUUUUUCUAAGACCAGAUUUUGUCUCCUUAAUAAUGUCACUGUUUAGUCAAACACAUUGCAUGUGGAAGAGUCUUGGUUUCAAACAUGUUAAGUUCCUCAAAGUACAUCAGCACCAUUAGAAAUUUAAAGAGAACAGCCAAGUGGAAAGUAUGAGGGUAAUUAAUAACAAUAAUUAGCGUUUAAAGCUAAUUUUUUGUUAGCAAGAUUUUGAUCUCACUAUUGUCUUGUUGUCUUGAUCUUUGUCUGAUUAGGGGCUGACAAUUCCAAUCAAUAAUGCCAAACCAAACCGAAAUCUGUCCUUCACCAAACGUGUUCCUAUUGGGUAGGUAUUGAGUUGUAUGCUUCUUGGUCAUAAACACCCAUAGACUAUUCUCAGCUAAGGUGACUGGAAAAUAUUUUUAAUAGACUUUUUCAGUACGUAUCCUUAAUGGCCAAUGCUACUUGACUAAAAGGUUACCAUAGCAACCUUCUUCUACUCUGGUAAAUUAAAGAUGCCCUUAAUAAUGUAUUAAUUAAAUCUAUCUUUUGAUGCUUGAUUCCCAAUACUAUGGAAAUAUGUAAUCAGCAUGUUAUAAUAAUUAUGAUACAGCAGGGCUAAAAAUUGGUCACCUGACCAGUCUGAUCUGCAAAUAGGCCAGGGUGACUAAAAGUUGAGGUUUGAUCACCUGAUAUAUGCCACUACAAUACAAAAGCAUUGCCAUAUUGUCGAGUAUAGAGUAAUCAAUUUUACAUAAGUAGUUUUAUUUACCUUUUUGGGUUCUUUUCUUUAGCUUCAAAAUUUUGUGAAUAUCAAGUUCUGAAGUGAAAAAUUCUAUAAGCAGUUCACAAGUACAUGUAUUAGUCCAAUCAAUCCACACUGAUUAUGCCAUUUUGAUGUUCUUGUCACUUGACUCUAAACUCAGGUUAUUUGAGCUCAGUAUAACAGUAGUUAUAAUAAACAAGACAUCAAGGGUCACUAUUAUUUUGGCCUGGGCCACUAGCUAAGAAUUUAAGAAGACCUGCCUCUAUUGGCCACCAAGCACUGGGGCCCCAAUAUCCACAUACAAAUUCUCCGGACUGAUUUCCAUAAAUUUCCUUAAAGGCUAACUUUAGAGAACUGAUAAGAGAUCAGAGCAUAUCCCUGAUCAUUUUAUUAACUCUCAUACCCAUUUCCCUUGAAAAACUAUGUGCUGAUAUUACUACGUGAAAAAUCAUGUUGGUCUCUUGAGACUUGAGGGUUGAUUUUUAGCCUUGGUACAGUACUUUCCCUUGAAAAUUUGCUAUUGCCCUUUUCCACAUUGCUUUUUAAGGUUAUAGUUGAUGCUUCACUCUGACUAAUGCCAGAAUGGCUGUGAUCUCUGUGUCGAUGUGGUUGCACUUCCUUCUCCACACAUGGCAUGUUUGCCUUGUAAAAAAGGAAGUAUAUAACAUUUAAGGUACAGUAAUGUUCAUUUGUACAUUGGGGCAAAUAAAAUUCUGGUUCGAGACAUUCCUCUAUUUACGACACCUCCAUACAAAAAUUUCGUUAUUUGCAAUAGUUUCCUUGGUCCCACAGACAAGAAACAUUCGUAUAAUUCUUACCUCCAAAAUGCUAUUACCUUGGAAGUACAGACACUUUGGUGUCCUUGUUUAAGGGGUGUCACUGUACUGUAUUUUUUAUGAAUAAUUCAUAGUUUUGCCAUUCAAGUUUGACUACAAAUUGCCAAAGACCAGAAAAAGUAUAAAAUAUCUUUAAAUUUUCUUCUUUGUUUGAAGGUGAAGGUGUCUUGUUUUCUGUUUUGUGGUUGUUCUUCCUUCUCCACUCACGGUAACUUGUUGUUGUUGUGAUAAAAAGGAAGUUGUUAAUUAUUAAUUAAUUAGUUAAUAUUUCCAUUUGGGCAUCAUUAUCAUCAUCAUGGCCAUCAUUGACAUCACAAUAAUAAUAAUUAUUAUUAUAAUCAUCAUCAUCACCAUCAUUGCCAUCACAAUAAUAAUAAUAAUAAUUAUUAUUAUAAUCAUCAUCAUCAUCACCAUCAUUGCCAUCACAAUAAUAAUAAUAAUUAUUAUUAUAAUCAUCAUCAUCAUCUUUGUUAUCAUUUUCACGCAGGGUAAUGUUUUUUCCUGGGCUAUGGGUAGAUGCAGGAACAUCACUCGUUACAACAGGGGGGUCCACACACAUUCUUAUAACUAAUAGGGUUUGCAUAGCGUUUGAUUUGCAAUUAAUUACUUCCUGAUUGCACUUUUCAACCACUAACCACUGAUCUUCAGCAGGUGAUGGUAUCAGCCGUGUAGGUUUGAUGUGAGCACACUCAUUAAUUUCCACACAUAAACUUCGUGGACUUGUAUAUUCAGUGGCGAAUAUUCCAAUAAUAUUUCCAACCAUUUAGUUCGCUAAAAAGAGUUUAAGAAUUGAUGGUGUAUUUGGGGGGAGGGGGCAGGACUGCCUUCUCCCCCUCCCCCAUCCCCAAUAAGCCAGUGUUGGCAGGAAGCAGGUCAAAGGGUAGGAUGAGAAGGAUCAUUUUUUUAAACUUUUGCUUAAUUAUAUGAUUUUUGUACUUAACAAUUAUGAAUAUGAUUUUUGUAGUGUUUGUGGUCUGAUUGUGCCAUGGAACUAUCCACUGAUGAUGUUAGCGUGGAAGAUCUCCCCUCUGUUAGCUGCUGGAAAUACAGUGGUUCUCAAACCAGCCCAGGUAAAUGUUAUUAAUGGUACACAAUUUGUUUCUCCACACACAAGACUGUAGUGAUUUGUGUGAGCCACUUUUUGUGCUUUGUUCUUGAGACUUUCGAACAAAAGAGAGACUGUUUGCAGCCUAGUUGAGGCUCUAAUUAGUGGUGUGUUGUUGGAAACAUAGUGUUUGAAUGUUGUUAUCUGUUUUCCCUUUGAUCUCAAGGUAACACCUCUGACUGCCCUCAAAUUUGCUGAGCUCUCUGCUAAAGCUGGAUUCCCCAAAGGUGUCAUCAACAUCUUACCAGGAUCAGGUAAACUAAAAAACUCCAUGCUGUAAAAAAUGUGCCUUACUUGACCAAAGACCUUUAUUUUUUAGUAGUUUUUAUGCGAGUAGGCUCAAAUUUUUAUACUGUCUAGGCAAAGUGCUCUGAAGGUUUGAAAUCCAGGGUGUUCAGCAUAUGAUUUUUAUGUCCCUACUUGCCCAAAAGUUAGCAAAGCAUAAGAGGCCACCAGGUGAUACUACAGCACAUAAUAUUGUUGUGUAACAAACCUAGCUGCUUCUCAGCUUAAUGUUGGGCUAAGGUCUCUGUGUUAAAUCUUUAGGGUGUGGAACCUCUGUUAGGAAGAAUUCGAAUUUCGAGAGCCAGCAGUAACAAGUUUGCAUGUCUUCCGUGUUUUCAGGGUCUGUUGUUGGCAACAGUAUCUGUGCACAUCCUGAUGUGAGAAAAGUUGGUUUUACUGGGUCAACAGAGACUGGAAAAUCUAUCAUGGAAAGGUAAAUUUCAUCCAUUUUUUGGUUACAGUACUUUGUUUCAAGUUUUUCUUGCUGAUGACUAAUUGGUACAUCAACAACUACCACUUCUGAAAUUGUGGGAACCACACCAGCCACAGAUAUCCUUCACAUUAGUGAGUUUUUAUUUCAUCUUUUGUAGUGGCUUCUUUAACUAAAUAAAUGAAAGCAGUUACGAUUAAAAUUUUUUCAGCUACAUGUACAAGCCCAGGAAAUUCUCCCACAAAAUCAAAGAAAAACUUAAGCUAGAAAUUUUGGCUUAAAGCUAUAAUUAUAGAAAGGUGACACAGAUAUCAAUGUGAGAAAGUGACAUCAGUUUUUCUUUUCAUGUACAGUUGUGCUGUCAGCAACUUGAAGAAGUGCUCUUUGGAACUGGGUGGUAAAUCCCCACUGAUUAUUUUCCAUGAUUGUGACAUGGAUAGAGCUGUGAGACAGGUUAGAACAUGAUACUGCAUGCUCAUAAGACCACCCCAAGGGGGUGGGCUUGAAUCCCAUAUAAAAAAAAGUGGGGAUGUUCCUUAAAAAUUCGACUUUAACAAGUGGAAGAGACCAACCUGGGUGUGGCUUAUAAGGCUUUUUUGACCCCUACAAGAUACCAUUGUAAUUAACAAACAGGCAAAUCCUGUAAGAGCUACAGCUGUAAGGUGGUAGUUGCAAUAAUAAUUUAUCACUUAAUGCUUUCUCUCUGCUGUUCCUUUUCUGCUUUCCUUGUAGCACAACCCUUAGUGAUACAUUUUGAGAAUGGUUGGGUAAAAAUCCCGAAAAGGUAAUAAUGGGAUAUGUUAUACUGUUUGACACUUGUUUCUUUUCUUGACCACCUCACAGACAAAUGGAGACCUUUGAAAAACAGUGAACUCAAAACCAUUAGCAAUUUACUUUAGACAACCCCGAAAUAGCUGCAUACUGUUGUUUCAUUCUGACCACCUAAAAUGAGACCAAAAUCAGCAAUUUACAGCUCUAGGCAAGACCACAAGAAGUGCAUGGAAUAAGUCGUUAGAAAGUGACGCUUGACGUAAUGUUAAAUUCUCCUUUUGAUUAUAAAGUUUACACAAGGCAAUUUGAAAGGAGAAUCUCUGAGCAAAUUAUCAAAAGUCACUGUCACAUAGGGCUUUUUUCACACACCCCCUAUUUAUUUAUUUAUUUCUCUCACUAUUAUUUUGGAAGUCUCCCUAGACCAUCACCUGGCCUGUGGGUUAGCUUAUGUAUUCAUUCCAUGUUUGUGUGUGUAUCUGGCAGGGAAUGAUGGCCUGUAUGUUCAAUAAAGGAGAAAAUUGUAUCGCUGCUGGUCGACUUUUUGUUGAAGCAUCAAUUCAUGACGAGUUUGUGCACAGAGUGGUGAGUCUAAUCAGAAUGAUAGGGUCUGAAUUAUUGCAUUAUAGGAGUGCAGUGGCAAAAACACUCACCUAGCCACCAAUGUGGGUCAGGUUCAAAUCCUGCCAGGAAUUAAACAGGUUGGGCGUGGCAUCAACACCCUAUGUGGGUUGAGCUUGUUGUUGAUGUAACUCUCUUCUGUUUAAGAGGUUCCAGAGGUACUCUGGUUUACCCUUCUUGUCAAAAACCAACCCUUACCCUUCUUGUCAAAAACCAACCUUGGAAAUCUGAAAUCUCAUAUGUCGCCAAUAAAGUUUCUAAAUGCACAGGAAUUAUUCGUAAAUCCAGUUUCUAUUUAUCCACGAAAACCUUACGAACACUAUAUUUUUCUCUAGUCUAUCCAUACCUUUUUUGACUGCAACUUAGUUUGGGCCUCUACUUACAGAACUAACCUUAUUCGUCUUGAGAUUUUACAGAAACGAGUGAUCAGAACUAUAGCUAAAACCACUUUCGAUGCACAUACUGAUCCAAUCUUUCAAAAUCUUGGUAUCUUAAAAUUUCAUGAUAUAUACUUAAUACAACUAGGCUUAUUCAUGUACUCCUAUCAAAACCAUACUCUACCUUUUAAAAUUUCAUUGUAAAUUUACCUUACAAAGUCAAAUUCAUUCGUGAUAAUACAAGAAACUCGUGUAAAUUUAGGUCUGCCUUUCUGUGUCGUACUCGAACCAAGCAAUUUUCCGUUUUUUAUCAAGGACCUAAAUUUUACAACACCUUAAACACCAACAUCAUCAACGCUUCCUCACCUUUCUCCUUUAAAAGAGCACUUAAGGCAUUUAUUUGUAAUAAUUAUUAGUAUACUUCAACAAAAAUCUUGGGAAAAAGCCUUUUAAUAUUACAUUCUGGAAAGUGUGUGCUACAAUACAUGUUUAGACAGUGACACUUAGUGGACCACAUGUUCAUCAGUUCGGAAACUGUCAAAUGCCACCCUCCCUGAAAAAAGUUAGUUGGCUUUUUUGUUUAAUUUAGCUGCCCUUUUUGCUUCUGGCUCCUCAAUUCUGAAUAACUCACAAGGUACUGAUAUUAGGUGGGUUAUUGCUUUGUUGUACUCUAGAUAUACUGCCUAUUCUUAUCAUUUCUGGCCUAGUUAUUUAAAAUAAUCAUGUAUAAUUAAUUAAUAAUCAAUAAUUAUUGUUUUUUGUAAUUUUGAUUAUAGGUUGAGGAAAUUAAGAAGUUGAAAAUUGGAGAUCCUCUCGAUCGUUCCACUGAUCAUGGACCUCAGAAUCACAAGUAAGUUGUUUUUCUAGAAACAAAUAUUAUUUUUUCCCAUGAACUGUCUGUGAGUGCAGUGGUUGUAGACCUUUAAUGAUGACACCAACUAGGUUUUAGUGUUGCUUACACCCAAGUAGCUUUGUGUUACAUCUCAAGAGAAAAGAUAUAGAUACCACCUACAUUUCUUAUGAAGCCAUCUUUUACCUUUCAUUAAACUUCUGCAGAGCUCAUCUUGAUUCACUUUUGGAGUUUGUCCACAAAGGAGUUGCUGAAGGAGCCAAGUUAGUUUAUGGCGGCAAGCAAAUUGACAGACCAGGUGAGUGGAGUGCUAUACAUGUAGCAGACUUUGUAUGUACAUUCCUUUUUACCUCACAAGGUAGCUAUUCAAGGCACCUUACAUGUAGUAUCCAUCGAGUGUUUUUCCUUCAUCACGGCUGUCAAUAAGGGCCCGCCUAUGUACAGAUCCCCCCUCCCCUCAGUAAAAAUUGGGAGGGGAGGGAGGGGGUCUGUACACAGGCUACUAAGGGCCAGGAGGCUGGGGAUUUCCCCCAAAUGCUAUGAGCAGAACCCCUGACUACUUUUUUCAGUGAAAAAGAAAAGGAGAAUAACAGCAAAAGGAAUUUCUGUUAUAGCUGUUCAUUUCCCUAUCUACACUGUACUAAUUUACUGAUACCCAAUAACUUGAAAUCCCAGCAACAGCCCUGCAUCAUGGUUAAUGUUACUUGAUUUUACAGGUUUCUUUUUUGAGCCGACGGUUUUCACAGAUGUUCAAGAUGGCACUUUCCUAGCUUCAGAGGAGUCAUUUGGUCCAAUCAUGAUCAUCUCUAAAUUUGAAGAUGGGUAAGUAUGUUAAGCAAAGCAUUGGUUGUAAUGCAGACCCUGUAGCUAAAAGGUUAUGUUUCAUGAUUUUUUAAUUAAAUUAUUAAAUGUACAGUCAACUACCUCUAAGACGGACACCUUUUGGACCGGCAAUAAGUGUCCGUCUUAGAGAGAUGUCCGUCUUAUAGAGAGUCAAAUACAGGGAGUAAAGAAAGGCAGGGACCAACUCUAGGUGUCCAUUUUAGGGAGGUGUCCGUCUUAUACAGGUGUCCGUUAAGAGAGGGUCGACUGUGAAACCAAAAAGUAAAAGUAAACCCAACCAGAGUGCAUACCCUACCUAAUCUUUUAUAAUUUUUAUUCAUAUAAAGUAUUAAUUUAUUGAAUUUGUAAUGAUCAUUUUUUUUUCAGUGACAUUGAUGGUGUUUUGAAGAGUGCUAAUGGAACAGAGUAUGGUCUUGCUUCUGGGGUAUUUACAAAGGAUUUAAGCAAGGUUUGGUUUAAUUUUUUCAAAGCAUCUAUUUGUGUUCAGUUAUUAUACUACUCAUUCCUUGUAAAGAAAGACAUGUGCAGUGGAAUAUUUCGUAACAUACACUCUUGUAAAUGGACAGCUUUACUUACAGCUGGCUGCCUUCACAAGACCCCGUUUAUCUCAACUCCCAUACAAACUCUGUAUUUUUACAUUCUCCUAAGUGGCCAGCUCCAGUUACAGACACCAUUAUCAUGUCCUGAGCCCUAAGGUUGUUUACUCACCAGAGCCUCCAAUGUACCUCUAACUUAUAAAAUCUUUUUCCAGUUUGGUCAUCAUAGGUAAAAAAAUAAUGAAAAUAAUAUUAAUUGAAUGAUAAUUAUUGUUACCGACAAUAUUUUUGAAAACAGCUUUUAUGCACUGUGAUGCUUGCACUUCAGUUACAUUAUUGUAGCUAUGGCAGUAAAUUAUUUUAUUUAAUUUACUUCAUUUACGCUAGUCACUGAUUCGUUGUUUUCUUUCCAGGCUUUACGAGUAGCUGACGGUUUGGAUGCAGGAACUUGCUUUGUCAACACCUACAACAAGACUGAUGUAGCUGCUCCAUUUGGAGGCUUUAAGCAGUCUGGAUUUGGAAAAGAUUUAGGUAGGCUGGUUUCUGUUAUGGAGCUGAUGGAACCUAGAGAAAGUUAAGGCAGUGGCUUUGCUGCACAUGCAUGCAUAUUUUAUUCUUGGUUGUGUCUUCAGCUCUUUUUUAAAAGUGUUUAAAAUGUUAUACUACUACGUGAGAAAUUUCUGCAAUUUGAUUGGCUUAGAGUAGUGGACAGUAUUUCAGCUUAAUUUGAAAUUCCUACAUGUGAAAAUUACAAAACUUUUGUGGGCAGAAGUAUAAAAAAAUAACAGCAUGCUUUGUAUGGGAUAUUUGGCAUAAAUAUCACUCAUUAUAUUUCAAAAUAAAUUGUCUCAAAUUUCACUCGCCUAAUGGCUCCUGAAAUUACAUAUAGCAAUUUUGAAAUAUCGCUCGUGGUAUUUGUGCCAAAUAUCACUACAAAAUUAAUCAUGCUAUUACCAAUACAAAUUAAAUCUAAACCAAGGAUAAAAUUGAACCACAACACAAAAAAAAUUAUAAAUCACUUUAGUGGGUGUGUUUCUAAAGACGUCUUGUACUGGUCAACAGUUCUUACUAUGUGUAAGCAUGGAGUGGGAUGACUGUACCGACCAUUUCUUUAUGUAUGAGGAAAAGUGGGUUAUCUGUGCAGAUCAGUUCUCUUGGGGCACGGUCAUCUUGUGGUUAGUUUAGAUUGUGUUUGGUGAUUAAAGUUCUUGCGGGGUUUAUCCCUGGCCAUGCAAUCACAUUCUUAUCUCAGAUGAGGUCCUUUCUCUACCAUGUUGUUUCAUACACAUAAUGGCCACAUUGCCCCUCUGAUCAACUCAAGUGUGUGAAUGGACACAGUACAUGUGUUUUGACUCUUAUGGUCAAGAAAUUUACUACACAGUCUCCCUCCACCCUGAUGCAAAAUGGAUAAAUAACAAUUUAGUGCUCACAGUUAAAAUAUAGUGAGAGUUGGGUCAUAAAAUUAUAGCUAAGUGACAUUUGUCUCAUAAUUCAUUCACUCAUUUAUCCAUUCAUUGCCAAAAUAGUAUACUUUUAGCUAUAAUGGUAAUUAUUUGCAUGCUUCCAAAUUAUGUCACAAAAAUUUCACAGAACUGUGUUGAUAUUUUUCAUUUUAGGGGAGGAGGCACUCAAUGAAUAUCUGAAGACCAAAGUUACUACUGUUGAAUAUUAA